AUGGCAUCGCCAGCUAACAAUCCCUUCGGGGUGCCCCCAGGCAAUCCUUUUGGAGCACGAGGCCAGAACCCGUUCGGUGCGCCGUCGAGCAAUCCGUUCGGGGGAUCUUCGUUUGGAGCAGCAGCAGCAGCACCACCACAGUCUACCCCCUCGUUCGGUAGCCAACCAGCUCAGAAUCAAUUCGGCGGCGGUUUCGGGGCUGCCCCUUCGUCAUUUGGCAGCCAGCCAGCCGCAGGAUUUGGGGUUCCGACAUCGUUUGGGUCGAGUGACGGGAACAACAUGACGCGACGGGGAAAGGGCAAGAUGUCGACCUUGAAUGCGUCCAACGGUCCGCAGGAUAAGGGAGGCAAGUCCAACCAGUUCGGGGCGCAGAGCAACAAAGAUACUCGGCGUACCAAUCUGUUUCAGGGACCGAAGGGUUCAUCUCUCAAGCGUGAAGUCGCCAAGGUCGCUGCCCCGGCGGCCUCUGUCCCUAGCAGUCAGCGCAAGCGGAACGAACGACCAAAUGGAUCGCAACCGCCAACACAGCACAGUCGCGGCAAACAAGGCGCGACACAGGGGCCCAGCGAAGCGACGAGACAGCUGAGCCCCUUCGCCUACGACUAUGCCAAUAAGCUCUACGAUCAUCUCAAAAAGGAGGGCAUCAAGGCUCCAACAUGGCCGGCCCAAGUUGGCAACCCUGACAAGCGCGGUGCGGUCGAGACAUUGAAAGAGUCUUACAAAAAGUAUCGCACCCGCGCCUAUGCGUCACUUCGAAAAGCCGAUCUCAUUGACGACCCGGACAAGCGAAGGAGGUUGGAGGACGCGCUUCCUUUCAAGGGCAUCUGCGAGGACAUGUGUCCGGAGUUCGAGCAGGUCUCUCGUAUUGCCGAGUACGAUGUCAAGACAGAAGAGAAGGACGAGCGUGGGUGGCCAGAUACCGCCAAGAUGGUCAAGAAGUUUGGGCGCUCGGCGGCUGGUCAGGAUGCGCCAUUGCCCAUGGACGUUCGCUCUGUGGCAGCUCUGAGGCGAUCCACCGACUACCUUUUCAACGAACUGUUGCAGUCGGAGAACAACCUCGCCUCGAUGCACAACUACCUUCGAGAUCGCACCCGAGCAGUACGCAAGGACUUCACCUUCCAUUCGAAGAAAACAAACGAAGAAAUGAAGGAACUGGUGUACUGUUUCGAGACGAUCACGAGAUUCCACGCCACAGCUCUCCAUCUCCUCUGCCGAAAGGGGCACAGUUACGAGUCUUUUGAUUCGAGACAGGAGAUUGAGCAGUUGGGCAGGACGCUUCUGUCGCUCAUCGAGGCAUACGACAAGUGCCGGAAAAAGGGAGUGGUUUGCGAAAACGAGCCCGAGUUCAGGGCCUAUUAUCUUCUCCUCAAUGCGCACGACCCCUCGAUAAUGAAGAGGAUUCUCACAUGGGGGAAGGAGUACUGGUUCCAAUCCGAGGAGGUGCAGACGGCCUUGGCGUUGAUUCAGGUCAUGGACGACAUUCGGGAGACCAAGGGCCCCCUGAAGCCAAAACGGCCAGUGACGCUGUCCGACACUUCGUUUGCCAACUUCUUUGCGAUUGUGGAGGACUCCAGGACGUCUUACACCAUGGCUUGCAUUGCCGAGGUUCACUUCACCUGGGUCCGCCAGAACAUUCUCAAGAAUUUCGUUCGAGGGUAUUCCCGCCACAGAGAUGCGCCUCGGACUAUUACGGCCGCGAACUUGAACAAGCUGCUCAGGUUUGACACGGACGAGGAGGCGGUUGAGUUCAUCGAGCUCCACGGGUUCGAGAUGUCGACCUGGGUGCCGCCCAACAGGCCCCCUGUGACGGAACCGUACCUGCUUCUCAACAACAAGAAGAAGGUUGUUCCCUCGCCGCGAGUACCGCAGGCUUUCUCGGGAAAGCUAGUGGAACGGAAGCGCACCACGCAGUCUCUGCCGUAUGUCAUUUACAAUACAAUCUACGAAGAGUCGACAGGGGGGGAUGUCGGUAUGGAAGACGAGCUGUUUGUGACGCAGAUUAACACUCUGGGUGCGUCUUCGGCUUUUGGUCAACCAGCCUCGCAGCCUGCGGCAGCGACUUCGUCAUUUGGUUUCGGUUCUUUGGCGAACGGAGUGCCAGCUCAACCGCAGGCGCCGGCUUCGGCAUUUGGCUCUUCGAACACACCAUCCGGUGCUACUCCAGGCUUCGGAGCCCCGGCACCGUCAGCAAGUCCUUUUGGUCAACCGCCACCCCAGGCUAACAAUCCCUUUGGGCAACCUGCUGCACCAACACCAACGGCAACGGUACCAGCUCCAACCCCCUUUGCGGGUUUUGGUUCAAACCCUACACCCGCCCCGGCACCUACUCCUGCCCAAGCGCCAUCACAAAAAGAAGCAGGAAAGAGCCCAUUCUCGUUUGGCACGCCACAGACCGCUAUAUUCGGCUCUGGGGCUCCUCCCCCGAGCCUGGCGGAACCCUCAGCUCCGUCUUUCGGCUUCACGAAACCGCCAGAGCCAGCGGCGCUGGCUCCGACCCCAUUCUCGUUUUUGAACAAGGAUGCUUCUUCGGCUCAGCCAGCGAGUGUGCUCUCGAGCACAGAGAAGGCUCCGAUAUUUGGCAACGAUGCCGCUCCCACCACCGCAAGCACACAGCCGACUCGGGCACCGGCUUCCGGUUUCUCUCUUGCUCAACCAACGCAGCCAACCUCGUCGCUUACGUUCCCCGGUCUCGGGGCAAAGCCUGAGUCUCCAAAGAAUGUCCAACCGGCGCCCGCUGCUCCAGCACAGCAGCCAGCUGUCCCUUCUGUCUCAAUCACGCAGCCUACGCCCACAUCUGGUGUGUUUCCUCCACAACAGCCAGUCCAGCCCGCUCCGGCUCAAUCCCAGUUCCCAGCCCCGACACCCCCGGCAGUACCACCACCGGUCCAGAAUGCACCCCUCUUCACCGUCACGCCGUCCGCACCACAAGCACCACCGCCCACUCCAAAACGAGACCUGAUGGCGGGCUUCACAAAAUGGUACGUCACUGGUGACGGAGGGCUGAUGGAGCAAUUUGCCGAAAACACGGUCCAGAAUCUCGUCUGGGAUGUCUUUCAGCGAUAUCAACUCGAAGAAGCGGAGAGGGUGAGAAGGGAGGAGGAUGAAGAGAGUUGGCGGGCGGCGAGGGAAUUUAUGUGCUAUCGGCUGGGGCACAAGUAUUUCAAUCGGUGGAGGGAGACGGCGAGGAGGCUUUCGAUGAGGAGGAGGUUGCGGGAGGGGAAGAGGCUGAUGAGGGAGUGGAGGGUGAUGCAGAAGGAGAGGGAGAGGGAGAAGGAACAAGAGGAGAAAGAGAGGGUGAAGGAGAGGAAGAGGAAGGCGGAGGAGGAUGUUAGGUUGCUGGGGAGGUUGGUGAAGGGUAGUGGGAGGGGGUGGGGGGGGGGGAGUGUAGAUGGGGUUUUUAGUCAUGAUGGGAGCGGGGGACAGGAGGAGGAGUUGACAAGGAGGAGUGGGAUGUUUGGGGGCGUGGUGGGGAACGAAGGGGAGCUGGUGAAGAGGGCUGUGAUGGGUGGGUUUGGGGUGACUACGGGAACGGGGACGGGGUAUGAGGGGUAUGAGGGGUAUGAGGAGUCGGAGUUGGAGCUUGUCCCUGCGCCGAAGGAGAUGACGGCUGGGUCGCCGGACAGUGAUGCUACCGCGCAGAGAGAAGGGUGGAAGACGAGGUCUCUGAGGGAGAGGUUUGUCAGCGACCAUGGGAGGAGAAGCGUCUCGGCUCACAGCUCGAUCAACGGACGAGCAUCACUCAGAAGCACAAACUUUUCGGGGGUGAACAACAACAACAACAAGAAACGGCGAUCGGCGGAGCUGGACGGGCUGCUGCGUGAGCCUGAUGCUAAAAGGCAGUCGUUUGCCAUGAGCACGACCAGCUGUGGGAGCAACGCUUCUGCUUCUCGGCCCGGUAUCAGGUCGAGGCACUGGGAGAUGAGGCUGAGGGGGUUUGUGCAGGGGGCUGAUGGGGGGUGGGUGGCGGAGAGUUUGGCGAAUUCUUCCGGGAAUGAUGGUCAACCACAACGACCGCCGCCGUUGACGGAGUUGGAGAUCCGGCUUGCCAGGAUCAGGAGGGAUCACUCCGUCGGUCGGGGGGGGAGUAGGUCUAGGGCUGCGUCGCAGAGCGGUGGGAUGGGGAUGUCACCGCCUCCUCCGCCGCCGCCGCUUUGGGGUGAGGGGGUUGGGAAAAGGAAACGGGAUGGGGAGGGGGAGGAGGACAGGGGGAGGAAGGGAGGGGAGUUUUCGCCUAGUGAGAGGGAGAGGGGCAGGGGUAGGCCGGGAGCGGGGACAACGACGACGAAGGAUAUGGUGAGGAUACGCAAA